AUGCCUCCAAAGCCGUCUGCUAAAGGUGCUAAAAAAGCUGCUAAAAGCCAGAAGGCUAGUCGUAGCAGUGACAAGAAGAAGAAGCAUCGCCGAAAGGAGAGCUAUUCUGUCUAUAUUUACCGUGUACUGAAGCAAGUUCACCCCGAUACUGGCGUCUCUUCUAAAGCUAUGUCUAUUAUGAAUUCAUUCGUCAACGACGUAUUUGAACGUAUUGCUGCUGAAGCAUCUCGACUCGCUCAGUACAACAAGAGGUCCACAAUUUCAUCGCGUGAGAUCCAAACCGCCGUUCGACUUAUCCUACCUGGAGAAUUGGCUAAACAUGCUGUAUCCGAAGGUACUAAGGCAGUUACCAAGUACACAUCAAGCAAGUGA